UCACCCUUUCUCUUCUUGUCCAUCCUUCUUCAUCACCACACGGUCCCACACUAAUCGCUCAUGAUCUCUUACUCUUCCUCAUCCUGUUCCUCCUCCUCAUCCGCUCUUCGCGCGCGCUUUCCCACCCUUCCUCUUCCUCCUCCCUCACUCUCUCCAACUGCGCGCCGAGUUUCGGAAAUUUUCAGCAGCACUGGAGGAAGCAUUUGAGCCAGAAGUCGGCGGCGUCAGCAGGAGGUUCCACUGUGGAGUAGACACAGCUCUCAUCCUCAUGUACGUGGAGAACAUCUCCGUGUAACCCCACCUCACUUAUACAGAACCUGAGACAGAGAUGAGCGCCUCUGCUGCUUCCUUAACCUGAUUCCUUUAAAUCAUCUUGAUAGCUGUUAAUUUACAAAUUCCGAAUCUCCCAUCAUUCCCUGUGUGGUGUCUCUGGUUGCUUAUUCCACACUGAGCCAGGAUGAGUGAAUCGCAGGAAGCGAGUUCUCCUGUGGCCGGGAUCGGUGGUCCGGCGGCCUGUGUCACUAAAGUGGAGCUGCGUGUGUCCUGCAAAUCCCUGCUGGACCGCGACACGCUGAAAAAAUCCGACCCCUGCGUCGUCCUCUUGGUGCAGAGCCAAGGCCAGUGGACUGAGCUGGAUCGUACUGAGGUGAUCAAGAGCAACCUGAACCCAGUGUUUGCCAAAGUCCUGCUGUUAGAUUACUACUUUGAGGAGGUCCAGAAGCUGCGUUUCGAGGUCUACGACAUUCACGGGACCCACAGCAUCGGCACUCGCGACGAUGACUUCCUGGGGGGGAUGGAGUGCACGCUCGGGCAGAUAGUGGCUCAGAAAAAGAUGGUGAAGCCAUUGUUACUGAAGUACGGAAAAUAUGCCGGAAAGUCUAGCAUCACGAUCCAUGCUGAGGAAAUUUCUGGCAACAACGGAUACGUUGAGCUCACGUUCUGUGCAAAGAAGUUGGAUGAUAAGGAUCUGUUCAGCAAAUCCGACCCGUUCUUGGAGAUCUAUCGCGUGAACGAUGACAGCACAGAGCAACUUGUACACAGAACAGAAGUGAUCAAGAACAACCUGAAUCCCGUGUGGCAGCCGUUCAAAGUUUCCCUCAUUUCCCUGUGCAGCUGCGAUGAGGACAGGAAGUUAAAGUGCCUGGUGUGGGAUUAUGAUUCGAGAGGGAAGCAUGACUUCAUUGGCGAGUUUUACACCACGUUCAAAGAGAUGCAGCAAGCUUCUGGAGGAAACAAGGUCACAUGGGACUGCGUCAACCCAAAGUACAAAGUAAAGAAGAAGAACUACAAAAACUCUGGCCUGGUCUUUCUCACUGAUCUGAAGCUCCACAGAGUUUACUCCUUCCUGGACUACAUCAUGGGAGGAUGCCAGAUCCACUUUACAGUUGCCAUCGAUUUCACGGCAUCAAACGGAGACCCCCGCAAUAGCUGCUCCCUCCACUACAUCAACCCGUACCAGCCCAACGAGUACCUGAAGGCUUUGAUAGCUGUGGGUGAGAUCUGUCAGGAUUAUGACAGUGACAAAAGGUUUUCGGCUCUGGGCUUCGGCGCUCGAAUUCCACCCAAUUACGAGGUGUCACAUGACUUUGCCAUCAAUUUCAAUCCCGAUGAUGACGAAUGUGAAGAGAUUCAGGGGGUGGUAGAAGCUUACCAGAACUGCCUGCCCAAGAUCCAGCUCUAUGGACCAACUAAUGUGGCUCCUAUAAUCAGCAGAAUAAGCAAGCAAGCCGCAGGGAAGGAGCCCAUUAAAGACGCGUCUAAAUACCAUAUCUUGCUGAUCCUCACGGACGGUGUAGUGACCGACAUGGCGGACACACGGGAGGCCAUCGUGCGCGCGUCCUAUCAGCCUCUAUCCAUCAUCAUCGUAGGGGUCGGGAACGCCGACUUCACCGACAUGCAGAUCCUGGACGGGGACGACGGCGUCCUGCGCUCUCCAAAAGGAGAACCUGUGCUGAGGGACAUUGUCCAGUUUGUUCCAUUCAGAGAUUUUAAAACAGCGUCUCCUGCUGCACUGGCGAAAUGCGUCUUAGCCGAAGUCCCCAAGCAGGUCGUCGAGUACUUCAGUCACAAGGCCAUUCCUCCCAUGAAUCCUAUUUUAGACUCGACGCCCAGCUCCAUCGCCAACACCCCAGAUUAACACAUCCACCCGAGUCCUGACCUGACCUCCGCUCAGUCCCUUCACACCUCCGAACGCGAGACACGAGAACAUCCAUGCCACAAACGCUACAUCGCCGUUCCAUCUCCCUGUUUAUACACACUGCGUUUACACAGAAGGAGGAUUCGUUCUUCUUGGAUCGUGUCCCAUGUUUGGCAUCAUGCCCACAUCUUUAUCUUUAUCAUUAUCCGUGCUGGAAUCUUCGUAUAAACCUUCCCACUACACUUCCAGACCUCUGACCCCCUGCCGGCUCUCUGCAACUUCUCUGCCAAGGCCAUCUCUUCAUUCUUAACUCGUUUUUUUUUUUUAAAUCCUGUGCCUUGCAGGACCUUUUCAGUGUUUGCUCUGCCUGCCUGCCCACUGUGUUUAUCUAUAUUGCCCCUGAUAUUUUGCUCCAGGCUCUUCGCUGACCUUUCACCACCCCGCUUUCGGCAACAACACACCGGAUUAUGUGUGGGGAGCACGGACGAUCGAGAUCAUUACUUGAAAUUUAUGAAGGUAUAACUACUGAUUUCUGUAACACAGCAUUAUAUAUGAAAGCAGCAAGGUUGAGCCUUAUAGCAUGGGUUCUCAUCAUAGGUGUAAAGCUUUUGCGCUGACACGCAGGAACACGGGGAAAACAGGAAAGCUACACAUGCUAUUAGCCAGCGAAAACAGGAGACGUGUCUCAUUUAUAUUUUAUUAGACAAUCCGACCUUGUUUGUGAUUAUUACACCCACAACUGCAUUCCUUUUGCAGUCUUUAAUCACUGAUAAUCACGUGUUAAGAUUGAAAAAUGAUGCACAGGAAAACUAGAUCUGCGUCCCAAAUCACAUUUUGUAGUGUAAAUAGAGUGAGUAGUGCACUUCGGGUACCUGAAUGACACACUCAUUCAACCUCGUUACAAAAAACUGAGUGUGUGUCGAAUGUUUGUGGACACUUCAUUCACUCGACACUCAAAGAUUAUAUAUCAGAAAAAGGGCGGGGCUACCUCUGUAUGAGAUCUUGUAUAAAAAAAAUUAAAAAUUCAAGAUGGCCGAUGACAUCCGGUGGACGAAACAUCUUAAAAAUAUCUUUUCAUUUGGAGCUGGUUAGUAAAAAACGUUAGUGUUCCAUUUGAGAUGAUAGUACACGUUUAAAAUCAUAUACUAGGCGAUGUAGUGCAUCAUAGGAGUGUGUAGUGUGUAGUAGGUCAUUUGGGAUGCAGCUCAUGGGCACGUGUCACUCCCUCUGUGUAAUCACAUGACUGACUCACGGCUCUCACUGAUGAGGCUAAUGAAGCUGCCUGAAUCUACAGUCUGGGCCAGAAAGAAAUCAGCCACAGCCUCACUUCUAACUUCUCACUUCCUUAUAUCAUUUCUUAAGGAUUAGUCUUGCACUGGUCAUAGAGUUGCGCUUGGUUUUUAAAAAAAUAAUCCUUAUUAACAGCAAAUCAGAAUGCACAAAAGGUAUUUUUACAUACAGUGUCUUUAAAGUGUAAACAUGUCUAAUCUGAUAAAUAACAGCAGGAUUAUUAAAUAAGAGUAAAAGCUGUAAAUUUAAAACAAGUUUAUUGUAAAAAAAUUUGUUACUGUUUAUUUAUUUAUUUAUUUUAUCCAUUAUUUUUUUCCCUUCAUUUAUUUAUUUUUCCCUUAAUUUAUUCAUUUUUUCCUUAACUUAUUUAUUUUUUCCUUCAUUUACUUAUGAGCCAGCCUUUUUCCACUGCCUUUUUCAGCGAGAUGUGAUUUUUCAGAUCCCCCAAAGCAAUCCGAGCUUUCUUUAAAUGUUUGCUAUGCAUAUAACCUCAUCACUUCAGACAAAAACACUAGUCCUGUUCUAAAACACUAACACGUUCCAGCUGGAGGACUGCAGGGAAACGGCUAGCUCAUGUAGGCAGCUCAGUAUUCAUGAAUCUGGAUAUUAUUAUCAGGAAUUUCAUUGGGAAAAAAAGUGUUAUGUCUUACAUUCAGCAUUUCAUUUGUGUUUUGCUAUCAUGAUAGACUCGUCAUUCUUUCGUUAGUCCAGAAUCCAAAUAAAAAUUAAUAAUGGAGUAGAAAUUCUAUUGGAGAAAGAGGUUAUAGGAAGAAAACUAGGAAGAAGGUUGAGCUUCAGACAUGGGACUACCUUCCAUGUUCUGAAAUUAUCUAUUGUAUAUACAAAUCAGACAAAGCACAAUGUUCUUAGAUGAUUGAGGAUAUUUUUAAUGUUCUGAGAUUAUUUGAGGAUGAUUAAGGAUAUUUUUUUUGAAUGUCCUCAGAUUUCUUGAGGAUGAUUGAGGAUAUUUUUAAUGUUCUGAGAUUUCUUGAGGAUGAUUGAGGAUAUUUUUAAUGUUCUGAGAUUUCUUGAGGAUGAUUGAGGAUAUUUUUAAUGUUCUGAGAUUACUUGAGGAUGAUUGAGGAUAUUUUUAAUGUUCUGAGAUUUCUUGAGGAUGAUUGAGGAUAUUUUUAAUGUUCUGAGAUUUCUUGAGGAUGAUUGAGGAUAUUUUUAAUGUUCUGAGAUUUCUUGAGGAUGAUUGAGGAUAUUUUUAAUGUUCUGAGAUUUCUUGAGGAUGAUUAAGGAUAUUUUUUUUGAAUGUCCUCAGAUUUCUUGAGGAUGAUUGAGGAUAUUUUUAAUGAUCUGAGAUUCCUUGAGUAUUACAUAGGAUAUUUUAAAUGUUCUGAGGUUUCUUAAGAAUGGUUGAGGAUAUUUUAAAUGAUCUGAGAUUCUUCGAGGAUGAUUGGAGAUAUUUUUAAUGUUCUGAGAUUCCUUAAAGAUGACUGAGGAUAUUUUUCUUAUUAUUAUUUGCUAAAUUCUCAAAAUAGACAAAUUUCCUCAAACUCAUUAAUCUCCUCCAGACAACAUCAUAUGAAAUUGUUACAACUUUUAGCAACUCAUAAAAUUUGGAUUCAAUCUGCUGCAACAAAAGGCAUCUUUGGAAGAUUUAGAGCCUGAACUAAAGCCUUUUGUGAAACAGAAACCUCCACACAACACUGAGGAAUUAAAUUCUGACUCUUUAGGGCACCAGAUUGGACCUUUUAUUCUUCUAUACUGCACAGGAACAUGACUGUAUCAGUAAUACGAACACCGCUGCCAGGUCUUUGGACGCCUCAUUCAUCAUAGUGAACGUACAUGAAAGAAUGUAGUGAAUGAACGAUUGUCCCAUCAGACCCGUGUUCUGUUUGUGUUUAGUGAAAUAAUAUACUGAAUAUUUCAAAUAUAUGAUGAUAAACAGCUCCAGAAAGUUUACACUUCUGCUCUUUACUGGUAUUUUCGUAUAUGUUGCAGAGGAAAGAAGACUUCCAGCUGAACUUGUGUACAUUUCUUUGCGAAACAGUCUAUUAAUAGAACAGGGCCAGUGUACAUUAUUCAGUCUGGUCUCUAAAGGUCAACCCGAGCUGAUUGUUUCAUUUAAUUGGGGAAUAAACUCUAUGCAUGUUAAUAAGUGAGCUCAGAGAGGUGGUGGUGGUGGAAAGGAGGAGUAAUUAUUCAUCUUUAACAGUUAAUACUAAAGAUACACGUGUAAGGAAUGUUGGGAGGUAGGAAGAUAUGUCGAUUAUACAAAGGGCAGCCAUAAAGAGAAUGAAUUAUAUAAAGAAUAAAACGUGGCAUAGGAAAAGAGAGAAUGAUAUAUAAGGAAUUGAGUCUUGACCUACGAUAGGAUAAAAUUUUUUCUUCCUCUUAGACCAUACCACAGAGGCCAAAUUACCAGUGAUGUAUUUAUUAAAGAAUCAGACGUCACACUUUUCACCCAACGCUGAAACGUCUGUGAAAAACAAGUUACUUCCUGUCUUCCCUCAAUUUUUCAUGUUAGUCAAUCAGACAAAGGCUCAUUACUGAGAAACCGCAAGACUUUCCCGUGGCUGAAAAUAUACAGACUGUUACAAAGCUCUGACUGGAGACUCCUUCCAUAAACUGUUCAUUCAUAAAUAAAUAAAUAAAUAAAAAGUCUAUCACUAUCAGUCUAACUAUUUCUCUUUGUUAAAUAACGAAACAUCGCUAUAUGUUUAUUAUUAGACUUCGGUUAGGUCUUUUGUCCAGUGUGCAAGUCCCUGGGAAUGAGCUGUUACCAUGGAAACUUAUCAAUAUAUGGGGCACAUUAGGGAUGAACAGAUAGUCGACAUUUAACUACAGACUUGAGAGCUAUAUAAAAAGGCAUAUUUUUAUAUUAAGUCAUGUUUAAUGCUUCUAUGUUACAUCGUACUAUAUUUGAAACAAACUCUCUUCAGUACAUGAAGAGAUUUUCUAUGCCCGUUUUUUUUAAAUUAUUUUUAUUUUUCCUUAUGUUUAAUGGAUGAGACACCAUUUUAAAAAUCCCCGUCCAAUUCAGGACAAAUCUGGCAACCUCUGUGGUGUGACUAACAUCCAGAUGGUUUCGAUAAUCUGAAUAAAGUGACCAGAAAAUCGUCUCGAGCAGCUCCGUAAACCGAAAAACACAGCUUUGUGCUACUAACAUGAGAAUUUACAAAAAGUUUUGGAUGUAAGACACCAGAUUUGCAUACGACCUAGAGAAAAUUCAAAUAAAAAAAAUUCAGCAUUGUGGUGUAAAAUAAUACAGCAAAAUUAGCAUUUUAAUACCUUUCAAUUAAAAUAUAUAUGGAAAAAUUAUAUAAUAAAAAGGAGUGUAACAAUCUGACAAUUUGGAUCGCUUUAUGAAAAUUAAUGAAUUAAAAAAGUAAAUUAAAUACAGAUUAAAAAUAUGGACUUGACUGAAAACAUAAGGAAAUGGAUUGAACAAAAAUAAUUUAUUAUAAUCGAUUAUCAGGAAAGGACAGACAAUUGGUUCAGAAAAAGUCGUUUAAAAGUCACGUGAUAAUACGUGUAAAUACUUUAGUGACGUGAUUUGAUCAUUAAAAUAGUACUCUUUAUCAUCUUUAUUCUCGAUUUAACGAUUUAAUUCCCUAGAUUUGGACACAUUUUGGUCAGAAGCUAUUAAUUCGAAUUGUAUACAAAUAAAUUUAAAUAUUAAUUUAUUUAUAUUUAUAUAAAUUACAUAUACAUUUAAAUAAUAUUAAUCUUGAAACUUUUGUCUAACUUUAAUCUGGAACUUUUUGUACUAUACUUCUAAUGUUCUGUGAAGCUUCUUUGAGACAGUGUCUACUCUCAAGAGCACUAUACAAAUAAAAUUGAACUGAAUUGGACUGAAAGUGGACAGAGCGAUUAGUGGUUAGCACUGGUGCCUCGCAGCGAGAAGGUCCUGGGUUCGAAUUUCCAUGUGGACAUGUUCUCCUUGUGCCUUUUUCUCCGGUUUCUUCCCACAAUCCAAAAACAUGUAUGUUAGGUUGAUUGGUCGUUCUAAAUUGCCCGUAGGAGUGAGUUUGAGUGUGUGUGGUUGUCCAGGGUGUACCCCUGCCUUUUGCCCAAUGUGUGCUGGGAUAGGCUCCAGCAGACCCCCGUGACCCUAAUUAGGAAUAAAGUGGGUAUAGAAAAUGGAUGGAUUGAAAGUAUCGUAUCAUCAACGAUUAAACUUAGGAAACAAAAUCAUAGAAGAUUCAGCGAUAUUGUAAAUGAUCAAAUUGUUGCCUUCUAAUAACUGAACUGACCUCACUGAAUCGACUUCGGUAGCUGUUUUAUUUUUAUUCUCUAAUACAGAAACAUCUUCUUAUCUCUAGAACAGACUCGUGGAUUUGCGUCAGUAUAAGCAUCUUCUUCAUGCUUAUGAAGCUUAUCUCAGUAUGAAGCACAACCACUUCACAACCGAAGUCUUAGUUAAAUGUCUCUACAACCUUUUAGUUAUUCAAAUGGAAAUGUGGAGUCUUUCUGAAAGCUAGAAACACUCUCUCUCUUCAUUUCUCAGUGCAUUUAGCAGGAAAAACCUCUUUACCAGGUUUAAGCUUGAAGCUAAUAGUUCCGUCUGAAGCUCAUACAGGAUGUCAUGAACUCUGUAACAGUGAAAUAUUUUACGGUUUGUCUUCUAUCGAUUAGAAAAAAGGGGAAAUGGGAGUCUGUGUUUGUUUGUAUUUUUCAUACCAAAUCAACCAAAUGCGAUGUUUCAGCCCAAAGCAGCUCUGACCCAUCGAUCCUCAUGUCCUGCAAAAAAAAAGUUUUGCUUUGAAAUCACUGUUAAGUUCAUAUACAUUUAAUGAAUUUGCUUAGGAAAAUGGACUCGAAUAUAUCUUUAGAUAUGAAUCUGUUUACUCAGAUGUGUAUAUAGUCAUACACUCUCGUCCUACAUGAUUAGCAUCUUGCACUGGCAGUCCAGAUGGCAGACUAUAGUGUUUUUUUGGCUUUUGUACAUGCAGGGAAGCAUCUGCCGACUCGGCCGUGGCCUGGAGCUGCUUUACGUUUGCGCUUCAGAUAAAGAAAUAUAAAAAUCACGUGAAUUAUCGUGCAUGAAUAACCCCACGCACCGACUGCAGCAUGCCACUUUACUUUAAUCUCAUCGACUCCAGAGGCUUCGCGCAGCUCCGGGCGUUACGCAGUGCGUAUAAAAAGCAGAUGAAUGUAAAUAACAGCAGGUGGAAAUCGGUAAAUGCUUAAUUAUUCAUUACUGAAGCAACAUGUUUAGAGAUAUCACUAGGCUGGUAAAUAAUCUGUCAUUUGUUUAUUUAUUUAUUUUUAAAGGUGGGGAUUUCAAUGAAAGCUCUUGUAGCAAAAGAUGGACAUUAGAUUUAAUAAUAACAAUUUUUUUCAUUCAUAGCAUUUUGAGUUAGUUGUUUUAAAUAUCUAUAUAAAUGUUUUAUUUAAUUAUUAUAUUAAUAUUUAUUUAUUUAUUUAUUUAUUUAUUUAUUUUAUUUUAUUUUAUUUUAUUUAUUUAUUUAUUUAUUUAUUUAUUUAUUUAUUUAUUUAUUUAGUGAUAUUAUUUCCCGAGAUCCAGUUUGUAAUAUUCCUGGGCUGUGUUGCAUGGGUACUAGAUCCUUUCUGUGGCAGUGGCCCUGAUCCUCCAUGAAUAAUUUGUACACACACACACACACACACACACACACACACUCUCUCCCCACCCCCUGCAUGAAUUCUCUUGCUUCUCUGCUCCUCAGCAGCAGCACACAGAGCGCAGAGAGCCUCUGAGAUCCGCAGAACCUCGGUGUAUAAAUUCAAAAGUCCAGUACGACGAACUCUUCAUAGCCCACACAUCGAUCAGGUCAAAGGUCCGAAUGCACUGCUGAAAUAAAACAUGACUUUCAUUGUGUUCUGCUCCCAUUCCUAACAGCCUCCUCCUAACUUGAUUGUAGAAAUCAUUUUACUGCUUAAACACAUUUUCUAAGAAAUCCUCCUGUCCUUCUUCUUCUUCUUCUUCCUUUGUUUUUUGUCUCACCGAAUCUCCGUUUUGAGAGCACUGUAAAUUACUGCAUGCGUUAUUCAGUGUGGAAUGUGUUUGUUUCUUUGGAGUAUUACGUGAUGUGAGGCGACUUUGUCUUUGCCUCCUGCAAUGCUACUAAUCUUGUACUGUGUGCUUCGAAUCCUGCAUCAAGACCAAUAAACCUGUCGAUGAACUAAA